GGAAGUACUCCGUCAUGGCGUCUUACUUCACGGUUGGUCCGAAACGUUAGAUUUUGUGUCAUGACUUUUGCUUUAGGAUACGUUUCCAAGCGUCAUAAUGCGGCGCUACAUACGUGCACUGAUACUGUGCAUGGUAUUCGCCGUGUUUUCGGGCUUGUACGUGUACAAUAAGCCGUUUUACUCGGACGUGUCGGUCGGAGGAAACGGAGCGAAGAGGGGUCCCGUCCCACCGAGAGACCCCGGAGCCAGGCGAGGGGCUGCGGCCAGGAAUGGGGACCAAAACCCACCACACUGGGACAAUAGGAUUGCCGUGCGUCAGGCCGGUCAGAUGGAGGCGGCUGGACGUGGCGUUGGGGGCAGACCGGAGCCUCCGAUGCACCUGGCAGUGGUGGCCUGCGGGGAGAGGCUGGAGGAGACCGUCACCAUGAUCAAGUCGGCCGUGCUUUUCAGCAUAAAGCGCCUCCACCUGCACAUCUUUGCAGAGGAUCAGCUGCACGCUGGCUUCAUGGAAACCUUGGAGUCGUGGACCGGUUUUGUUCGCUCCAAGUUCAACUACACGGUUCACCCCAUCAGCUUCCCCAGUGACAACGCAGCCGAGUGGAAGAAGCUCUUCAAACCCUGUGCUUCCCAGAGGCUCUUCCUACCCCUAAUCCUAAAGGACGUGGACUCGAUUGUGUACGUGGACUCGGACAUCCUCUUCCUGCAGUCCGUGGACCACCUGUGGGCCUUCCUGUCCCGGUUUAAGCCGUCCCAGCUGGCCGCCAUGGCCCCGGAGCACGAGGAGCCCCGCAUCGCCUGGUACAGCCGCUUCGCCCGCCACCCCUUCUACGGCCCCACCGGCGUCAACUCGGGCGUCAUGCUCAUGAACCUGACCCGGAUGAGGAGAGCCUUCUUCAGGAACGACAUGACGCCGGUGGGGCUGCGCUGGGAAGAACUGCUGAUGCCUCUCCUCCAGAAAUACAAGCUGAAUAUAACCUGGGGAGACCAGGACCUGCUAAACAUCAUUUUCCACCACAACCCCGAGCUGCUGAUGGAGUUCCCGUGCAAGUGGAACUACCGGCCCGACCACUGCAUCUACGGCAGCAACUGCGCCUCCGCUGAGGAGGACGGCGUCUACAUUCUGCACGGGAACAGAGGGGUCUACCACGACAACAAGCAGCCCGCCUUCAGGGCCGUGUACCAGGCCAUUAGAAAGUACGCCUUCGGUGCCGACCCAGUGUCCGCGCUGCUGGACCCUCUGGAGGAGGACCUGCUGAAGACCACACACACCUACUGCGGCAAAUCCCACGGGCUGUUCACCAAGACGCUGACCCGCAGCCUGGCACUGGUCAGCGGGGAAGCUGCAGGCCGCCGGUGACCCGAACAGAGGAAAAAAAACAGCCCUGAGCUCCCUUUUUUAUUUAUUUAUCCUUUAAAAUGCUGAACAGCACAGCACGACACAGCAGCCCAGUUUAAACACGACAAAAGUGGCAAAACUGUGAAGCUGGGAAGUUCUAACGGAGAACAGCUGCCUCAGAGCUCCGUCAGACAACUGGAAUAGUGUCAGACUGAGACUAAAAACUAGGCAGCUUUAGCGAAUCACUCAGGAAUUUAGCAGGAUGGAAAUCUCUGAACACUGAUGCCACUGCUGAAGAUGCAAACAUAUCUGCCUUCAUCCUCUCUAAAGAGUUCCUGCUUUUGUCUGCAUGGGAAACUUUUGCUGACUGACUAAAGGCACAGAAGGGAAAAGGAGGAGCUCCAGACUUCCCAUAUUGAAGAAUCUAUUCUGAAGAUUUGAGAACUGGACCACCGUUUGUCAUCUCUGAGAGCUCAAAGAUCAUUUCAAUGAAUGUGUGUGUGUGUGUACGUUGGGUGGGGGAUUUUCCCCUAGUUUUUGUCUUAAUGCUGAAAAGUUUGAGCCAUGUGCACAUAUGCAACCAUCCCGCCCUCAUUACCACUUCUGUCAGGCUACUUUUUAAGUUACAUUUUUAAAAAAAAGCUGUUUUCUUGCUGCAGACAUGCAGAAAUGUUGGGGAUGUGUGCUGAAGCAUCCGAUACUGCAGUGCCUGAGCAUAUCGGUGUGUCGACAAAUAACUGUUUAACAUGAGAAUAAGCUAAAAGUUCUCGAUUGAUGCCAAAGAAUGUUUUUAUGUCUGUGAUGUUUUCAUCACUGCUGAAUGUAUUAUGAAUAAAAUGAGAUAGAGUGUGA